AUGGGAAACACCACAUCCUCACCAAACUUUCUAAAAAGGAGACGUAAAACAGUAAAUACUUCUCGAUAUUCUCGAUGCUAUGCUAUCGAAAAUACCGACUGUAAUAAUUUACCCAAUAAUGAUGAGGAAGUUAACAGAAUGGAAAUACAAAGUUUCUUACAUCGACAUAUGUGGAAAAAAGAUUUUUCCUCUCCUAUUGAAGAAAUUUUGAAUACUGGCGCUAAAAUUUUGGACAUUGGUUGCGGUGAUGGUGCGUGGUUAGCACAAAUGGCGACAGAGUUCCCAAGAUCAAGUUUCUUAGGAUUAGAUAUAUCUGCUAUCGAUCAAACAAAGUUUUAUCCUGGAAAUUUAUCAUUUAUACAGAGCAAUGUUCUCGAUGGGAUGCCUUUCGAGAAUAGUGAAUUCGAUUAUGUACAUAUGCAAAUGUUGUCAAUGGCCUUCACUGAGAAAGAAUGGAAUCAAAUUGUGAUACCUGAAAUGAUUCGAAUUACAAAAUCAGGAGGUUUUAUUGAAAUUAUGGAAGUUGACCUUCUACCUAAAAAUGCUGGUCCAAAUUAUAUAAAAGUUGCUCAAGGCUUGUUAAAAGAACUUCAAUCACGUGGCAUAAAUGGACGAAUAACUGAAUUACUACCAAGAAUGAUAGAGUCGACAAAAGCAAUAGUAAAUAUUCAACAAGAAAUAAAGACGCUUCCAAUUGGAAGUUGGGGUGGUGAAGUGGGUGAAAAGCAUCAAGAAAGUACAAUGAUUGUACUUCGAAAUUUUGCUCCUCAAUUAGCACAUGCAAUUGGCAUACCGACGUAUCAAUUUAACGGAUUACUUGCGAGUGCACGCGAGGAAAUGGACGAUGAAUGGAAAACUUUUGUAAAUUUUUUGAGAAUUUGGGGACAAAAAGUGUGA